AAAUAUUAAAUAAAAAUGAACUCGAGUAAAUAGAGUAUUCAAAUAAACAAAAACAAAACCCCCCCCUAUCCAUCUUCCUCCAUGUAUAUACUAUAUAUAUACAUAUAUCAUCCUCUACCAUUUUCUAUCUAUCUUGCCAAUUUCAACGCCUCCCUCUCCCCCACCUACUCUUCUUACUUUUCUCCCUCUUCUGAACAAGAAAAAAAACAAAUAUACAUACAGAACAACUGAUUAUACAUACACAUCCAAUGAAGAUCCAAUGUGAUGUAUGCGAAAAAGACGAAGCAUCGGUAUUCUGCGUGGCCGAUGAAGCCUCCCUCUGCGCCACCUGCGACCACCGCGUCCACCAUGCUAACAAACUCGCCGGAAAACACCAGCGCUUCACCCUCCACCACCCCUCUCCUAAACAAUCCCCUCCACUAUGUGACAUAUGCCAGGAGAGAAAGGCUUUGUUGUUCUGCCAGCAAGAUAGAGCAAUUCUUUGCCGGGAGUGUGACAUUCCGAUACACAAUGCAAACGAGCACACUAAAAAACAUACCAGAUUUCUUCUCACCGGAGUCAAACUUUCCGCUACUUGUACCCUUUAUUCCGAAUCAUACCCGACGGAAUCAGCAUCUUCUAGUUUGACCAACAGCAGCGCUGUUUCGAAUGUCAACGCCCGAGAUUCGAACUGUACACCUUCUAAUGCAAAGGGUGCAACAGUUCAAAGCAGACCACAAGAACCCUGUGCAGACAAAACCAAUGUUGUUGAUCAAUUGAAUAUGAAUAUGAGUAUGAGUGUGAGUAUGAGUAAUGGAUCAAUAAUCCCGGCAAGCAGCAUUUCAGAGUACUUGAUCGAGACGUUGCCCGGGUGGCACGUGGAGGAUUUUCUUGAUUCUCCAUCUCCUUCUCCAUAUGCUUUCUGCAAGAGUGGAGAGAAUGAUUUGGUGUCGCCGUUUUGGAAUGAUGAUGUUCAUCAGAUCAAUAAUAACAGCAGAGAGAGAAUGGGAUUUUGGGUCCCGCAAGCGCCGCCACCGUUGCAUAAUAAUCAGUCUAUAGAUCUGGCAUUUGGAUUACCAAAUAAUGGAUUUAGACAGCUACAACAACAGUCCGAUGAAUUUAUAAAUUGUAAUAACACGACGAAAUCUUCUACUAGAAAAAGAAGUGACGACAACUCAUUUGCCGUUCCACAGAUCAGCCCUCCACCUUCGAACAACACUAAUAAGAAAUCAAGAACUUUCUGGUAGUUCAUGGAGAGGCAGAUUUUUUUUUUCUUUUUUUUUUCUUUUUUUAUGGAUUCCAUUUUUGGUUUUCUUGUUUUAGUUUGAUAUAUUUCUUUCUCGUUUCCCAAUUCAUCGUGCCCUUUCUUUUUGCAUCCCAUGUAGCCGGUGGUUGCAUGAAUGUUUUUGUCUGUAAAUAUCUUGUGUUGAAAAAAAAAAAAAGACAGCUGCUUCUAGAAAUCAAGGAAAGUACGAUGAUUUACAUUAUUAGUCUGGUACAAAGCGUACAAUCCAAUCACAACCCACAAGGUCACUUGU